ACUGGCAGGGUAUCUGGAGGCUCUGGAGUUUAAACUAUGGCUCGUUAAAACUCUCCAUGAGCGUUUAUCAGAAGUUUAGUGCUCGUGUAUAGUCUCACCCUAGCGGAAUGAAACUCUGUGAGAGAAUCUUCUGAUGUCAUAAUUUCUGCGUGUCACUGAGACAUUUGAUCAUCAUUCUUUUGGCCAUUCCAGUCUUCUAUGGAAGGACAGGAGAAGCAGUUGAUCUAUUCACCUGUCCAGGAAUCACACUCGACCAAUUUUGGUCUUCAGUGAAUUAUGCCUUUUCGGUUUGGGAUCCAGGCAAGGAGUUUUCCAAUGGAAGGAGGAGAUUCUUCAAUAGGCCUGGAACUUGGGUUGAGCUCUAGUGCUGCCGCUAAUGGGAAAGAGACUUCACCAACCAGGCAGCUCCGACGAUGUCCUGGAAGUCAUUGCCUGACAAUAACUGAUGUUCCCAUCAAUGUCUAUGCAACAAUGCGCAAGCCAGCUGCACAGAGCAGCAAGGAAAUGCAUCCUAAUAGCACCGUUAAGUCUUAUGUAGGUGUUGACUAGGUCAAGGCUAAUGGACCAGUAUCAGCUGGUAAACAAUAAAAGUGGCGGCAACU